AUGUCGUACCAGUACCGGAAGAAGAACAGUUCUGAAGCUUCUGUUCCUUCGUCUUCGUCGUCGUCUAAAACGACUUCAACAAAGUUUACGAAUUCCAUAACGAAAUACGCGUCUCAGGCAUUGAAAGGCUCGGAAUCGAAGCGCGUGGAUGCAAACUUGUUAGAUUCAGUCGCCGAAAUAGUGUCCGGGAACGCGGUGUACAUCGAACGGUUUCACUGCGAAGAGAGUGAUUACGAAACUUUGGAACGGUUGGCGAAUGAUUUAGACGAGUGUUCUAAAGAAGAAACAGAGGAAGGAAUGAUAAACUGGUCGAAACACUUGAAACGGGAAAAUCCGGAGUUUUCGGAGACGUUUCGAACAGUCGUGGAACGGAUGGCGGAGUACUUCGACGUGGACGUGUUCGCGACGCGUCUUAACUUUUACCGGGACGGGUCGGAUUGGAAACCGUACCACCACGACUCGCACGCGUUUGGCGCGAACGGACACAAGGAAGAUUUUACCAUGGGCGCUUCUUUCGGCGCGCCGAGAGCGCUGAGCUUUCUUCACGAACCGAGCGCGAGUUCGUUCGAGUUUCCUCAGAAGAAUGGGGAUGUUUUUGCGUUUUCGUCUGAAGUGAACGCGGCGAUGAAACACGGCGUACCACAACUGAGCGGCCAAGAGCAGUUUAAGGUCAAUCCACGAUUUUCAAUCAUCGCGUGGGGGAGAAGGAGGAGUUUAAACGCGAGAAACUCCUCCGUAUCAUCGUCUUCCGACGAGAAAACAACCAUUGCUGUCGACGAAUCGCGAAUGCCGUGGCAUCAUGACACGAAAAACAACGAAGAAAACGAGCAAGGAGGAAGCUACGAAGUCUCGUUAGAGACUCCGAGCAGCGCUAAGAACGCGAACGAAAGAGUCAUGUCCAACAACGAAGUCUCGGAACUCGUGCAAAAAUUUAUCAAACGUAAACGAAACGAGACGAGGAAAACCAGCAAAGCGCUAGUCGAGCAUUUGAAAGAGAACAACGGAAUAGAUGAUUUUGAUUUCGUUCGAAUGAAAAAACAAGCUCGCAAAUAUCAACGCGACGACACGAUUUCGGCGAAGGAGUUCGUCGAAUCCGCGUUAGACAGUCGCGUUUCAGUGGACGAUUUGAGGAAUCUCGCGUCGUACUUACCGAACGAACAAAAGAAGAUUGAGUUGACGAACGAGCUUCAAAACUAUUCCAGCGCGCUUCCUUUCUUGUCAUAG